AUGCACAGCACGCUGCUCCGGUCCUCCCCAACAAAACACCCGUUCGUGUCCGAGCACCAUGGCCCGCUCCAGCCGCUUUCACUGAAAGACAUGGAGGCCAAACAGCACCAGAUAAAGAGCCUGAAAAGCUAUCCGGAAACCGGUGGCCGGAGCCUGGCAGCAGCCGCCGGAGUCGACAGCGGCGGCGGGCAUCGAGGCGGUUCAGCCGAAACGGAGAUGGAGGUUAAGAUCCAGAAAGCCAUCGACUUCAAGGUAGAGGGUCAUCGCUGUUACAAGGAGAAGAAAUUCCGGGAGGCGAUUGGCAAGUACCACCGGGCGCUGCUGCAGCUCAAAGGGGUGCAUGUUGUUGACGGGACGACGGGCUCCGAGGUCAACCUGCUGAACCAACCGGCGGCCAAGCUGACCGAGGAGCAGCGGAGAGCCGUGGAGAGCACCGAGAUCGAGUGUUACGACAGCCUGACAGGUGAGCAAGCACCGGUGCACCCUCAACAUUUCACCCACACCUCUGUAGCCUUCAAAAGGGACUGCUGACACGACUGUUCGUCCCGGUUCAUCGGGUUUAUAGGAGCCAGCUUUGGAGGUUGUAGUUAUUACUGCAGGUGAAGAAUCGCUGUUGGGUAUAAAAGUACACGAUGAUCAUUUGUGAGAUAUCACUGGAUGUGCUCUUAUACCCAGACAAAAAUAAGACAUUAUUCUGUUGAAUACACUCAUCCUGUUACUUCUAGGCCUGUCUUUUUCCCCUUUGUGUUUCAGCUAAUUUUGGACUGUCAGUUUUCAGAUUGUUGCCUCAUACAAGAAAACAAAAGACAUUUAAUGAAUACAGAUAAAAGCAGCAUGUCAUACACAGUUUUAUUAUGCAUGAGACUAUCUCGCCAAGCUGUUAUAUUGUAACAUCAACAUUUUAUAAGAGGGUCUGAGGUGAGAAAAUGUCCUCUGAAUCAUUUGCCGGAUGAUGCAAGCCCUUGUCUAAUGGCACCUCUUUGCAGUGACUUUACUACAGGGUUAACUGAGAGAAGCUUAACUCAUUACUCUCCUUUCAUUGUAGUAUUUAUGCAUCAUACUACACUCAAUUGGUCACUACAUGCUGUACCAACACAGGCCUGGAUUUUUAAAUAAGGCUGUCCAAUAAGGGUCUGUUAAACUCACUCGUUCACAAAGUCGAUAUAUCUGUAUGAAAAUAGGAAAAUAGGUUCUUUAGUUAUCAAAACCAUAAUUUAUUACUACUAUUUUGAUGUCAUUUGUCAUUUUUUAGCGCUCCUCACCAAAUCAAACUGUUUCAGCUUGGUUUAAAGGGUUAAUUCAAGCUGUAAUAUGUCCUAUUGUUGCUUGUUAAACAGCAAACACUGUCAAGUCUUUAUUUAAUAUAUGAAGGAAUACAGAAAUAUGGUCACAGUAUUACAAGCAAAGAUGCUACCUUUAGUAAAUUGUGUAGCGUUGUUGAAAAAAAAAAAAAGGUAAUAAUGACUCCAGUAUGUCCACUGCAUGAAGUGUGAACAGCAGCUCGUGAUAAAUGUUGACAUCCCAGGAGGAAUGAUGAAUGGUGUUUCCCAACACUACAGCGGUUACACAUCAUUAUUGCACUUGUGAGACAUCACUACAUAUGUGUCUGUUUGGACGUUCUGUCAUGAGUGUGGCAUGGAAGAAGGGAGGUAGGGGGGUGUUGUGUCUCUUUGGAGUCCAAGGCACUACCUAAUCAGUCUGCCAUGAUGCAUUGAAGGUCGCCUUGUUCCAUACAGCGUUCAGGGCCUGCCUGGAGCCUGUGGGUACACCACUGUGGCGUGAAGAGGGGAUGGGGGAGGGAAGGAGAAGUGGGUAAAGGUAGGUUUGGGGAAAGAAAAAUUAGGCAUGGGGAGGAAUACUAGUAGUAGAGAGCAGUGAAACAGGAAGGGGCAAAAGGGGAGGAGGGGGCUGCUAGCACACGACAGGGUGCCAUAUUUACCAUGGCAACCAUCACUUGGCCUUUUUCCUGUGGUUGUAUUAAUAUGGCUCAUACCCUUACUGCUGCUGACUGGAACAAGAGUGUGUGCGCACAUGCGUACUCACAUAACUAAGAUUUAACAUCGUCUAUUGAAACAUAUUUGUGUUUUAACAUUUAAAUUCCUGUUGAUGAGAAUAAGUGUUUUUUUGACUGAAUAUAUCCCAUCCACAUUAAAGCUCAUUGAAUUUUGUCAUCUUAGAAUUUAAGCUUAAACCGUCAUAUCUGUUUGUUGUCAUUUUAUUGUCAUAUUGUUGAGCCAUUUUUGCCAAAAAUGUAAACAGACAGAAGCUAACAUUUAUCCAAAUAAUCUCAGCCCUUUAAUGGCUGAUGCUGAAUGAUGAAAUAUGUAGGUUAAUAUUGUAUAAAGCUUCAACACAACUAUUUCAAUUAAGCUACAGUUUACCUUGGGUGUGAACCCAAUAUAAAGCCCCCCCACAAGGCUGUUACAUAGCAACCAUAUUCCUCUUACGUCAUGCUCACGGUGGGAAGUUCACACACUGUUGUAAGUACUGUGCCCCAGAUAUGUAAGUCACAUAACUGUUAGUAAUAUGCUUUCGUGUUAUCAUUUCACCCAUAAUUUUUCCUACCAAAAUUUGAAAUGGUAAGAAGACAUGGAGAGCCAAGGUUAGAGUGCAGCAAGUAAAAGUCAGAGAAACUCACUGCAAGCAAGUGGGAGGUAAAGUUUAUAUCACACGACCUGUGUGAUUGUUGUGCACAUAAUGAAGCUGCUUCAUGCUCUUUUCUGCUUUACAGUAGGUGCUUUCUCUCUUUGGUCGAUACUGUGGAUUGUGUUUUUUUUAAGUAACAUGACAUAACAGUGUCACUGACAUUAAGUAAAAAACUGUUGUUAGAGAGUAUUUCUGGAAAAUAUCAGGGGCAGGCUGUCCUACAGUUGUUCAAAAAUUUCCUGGAGUUCAAACAAGAUGAGGGGCCAGUAUACUUUUGAGUCUCCCACCGUGAGCAUGACCUUGAGGAAAAUGGCCCCCAUGUGAAUUCAGUGAACAUGGUUAAUGUUGGCCCUGUGAGUAAUUUAAGUAAGAGAAAAUGGCUCUUGGUUUAGCAACAAAAAAAUGACAGGGUGUCCUAUUUAAUGUAGAGUAAAAAAAAACAACUGUGGCACUGACUGAAACGAAGCAGUGACUCAUUAAGUGUAUACUGUAGUAAUCCAGCAGCAGGUGUUUGUUGGACGCCUCCACCUGGUUACCCAGAGUCCUGCUGGGCCGAUGCUGGUCACUGUGGAUGUGUGCAAUUUGAUGGGUCGGAUGUCUUUGGCUGUGAUGCAUGACAGGAGGGUAACAGCAGCACCACUAACACAUGUAAGAGUGCGUUUAUGUUUUAGGAUUUCAUACAUGUUUACAGAAGUGUGUGUGUGAUGUUUGUCUCAGCAUUCACAGAGACUAAAGGGAUGAGGAGUGCUUUCAGCACUGCCUGUUCUGUGGUUUUCUCUGAACCCCCUGCUGACAUUGCUGAUUCUGCUGAAGUGGAAUCUAGUGGUGUGUAUCUGGGUGCAUUUUUGUGCCGGUGUGUUAGUGGUAAUCUUGUCUUCUUGACUUUGUUGUGAUGAGAGCAAGCAUUUUCCCUCAUUGCAUUUGUGGAAUCUAUGCAGUCACUCAAGUACUGCGGAGUAUUAAUUAUAACCACUUGUGCUUCACUCGAGUAUUUUCACUCUGUGCAGAUUCAUCCUUCCCAUAUGCUCACAUUUCUAAGAGAUAUAUCUACUUGUGUACUUUUAUUUCACAGCUAUUGUAGCUACUGGUAGUUUAAUUACUUAUUAGCAUAAUCAACAUGAUAAGUACACAUUUAAUUACAAAUUUCUGUUGGCCAAAAUAAAACUAUCCCUUAAUAAGCUUUAGGUAUUUGUGAUGGGAAGGUCCAGCAGUUCUUCUGUUUAUCAAAUAGUGGUUAAUGAGGAAAAGAAGUUUUAAUUAUUUUUUUUCUCAUUUGGCAAGCUUUGGGAAGGCACUUUUACAGUGGUGAAAAAUAAUAAUAGGUAGAUUUUUAUUUAUUAUGGUCUUGCAACUUUGAUUUACUCUGCAGGCUUGGUACCUUCGAGUCACUUUGUAACCGAAACAGCAGUUGGAUAUCAUUUGGAUACAAAAUCUAAAGGAAAUUGUCGUUUAAACUAUUCUGUGACUUUGUAGUUUAUUAAAGAUAUAGGUUAAUUAAUAUUAAGAAGAAAUCUGUGAUGUUUUAUGAAUUGUAGCUACCUCAAGGUAUAUCUAACUCUUUAGUUGUAGUAGGUAAAGUUAUCAAAGUCAUGUUGACUUACGCUCUUUGUAAAAAUGCUUUUAUACUGGUAACAUGUACAUCACUAAUGAGCUAUUAUUUAAUUUUUACUUGUUUGAAACGAACAUAGCUGUUGCAGCAGACAGCAUUUUUUUGUUAUUGUUGUUGUUUUUUGUCGGCAGCUUUUAGAAAUGUCAGAGAGUGAGAAAUUUUGCUGAGUGAGUGCUGAGUAACCGUUCCACCUGCUCAGUAAUCUAGUUCAAAACACAAGAUGGGAAGAUGUCAGUGAAGGAUAAAACAUGACAGGGGACAAUGAAAGGAGAAAAAAGAGAGACUUUAAGACAUUAUUCAUAAACAAAAGAUUUUUGUUACAACAAAGAAAUUUUAAGUCUUUUAAUUUUUUAUAAAUAACUGAACACAGUUGAAAAGAAGAAAAAGUAAAAAGAUCUCUGAACUACCAAAAGUAAACUACCUUAUGCUGUCAAACAGAGAUGGAUGCUGGGUAAUGAAUGUCCUAUUAGCUUGCCCCCUUAAAGAGACCCCGGUUCUGUAUGUCCCUCUUGGGCUGCAUCUAAGUGGGCUAGACCAGCACCACCACUCUCUAUCUGUCUGUCACAGUUCACACUGGUGCAACAUGUUGGCCACAGGCAGACUUCCUGCCUGUCCGCCUCAGUCAUCCAUCCACCCACCCACCACAAACACACUGAGAGGCACAUACAGAAAUAACAGAUGUGACUGCAGUUUGUUUCCUCUUUUUCCUGAUAUUGAUCAUGAAGAGGCACAGAAGCACAGUUUCCUUAAACAGCACAAACACAGACUUGUAUCCUGUUUUCAGGCUAUAAUAAGUUUGAAUCACUUUAAGAGAGUGCACAGAGAGUAACGCUUUUGUGAGAGUAAUCAAUCUGGCAUUUUAAACUCCUGCUUACUCUAAUCUCAUCUAGAAAUCUGCAUUUGUUCUUCCUGACCAGCUCGAUCUGUGAAUGAGUCAUAAGCCACAUCUUUAGGAGAAGCACAACAGGAGGGGGAUGAGUAAAAUUGUUUGUUUCAUAACACCAUCCACCUUUUUAUUCAGCUGCUUGCCAUAUUGAUGAUCUAGCAAUUUCACCCACUCUGCACACUUUUAAAAUCACAAGGAUGUGAAAAAUACAAACGCAAACAUAUUCUGCUGUCAUUUCUUUUGCAGCCUCAUCGGUGUGGGUUUAAAUGAACAUAAAAAUGUGGUUUUUAGAAAUCAGAAGAGGCCAUGCUGUUGCAUAAUUCAGCCUGAAUAAGACACUUCCUGACAGGUUAUGAGCAGUCAAUAAACAAACAUUGUUCAGGCUGGGGACAUAAUGUUCUCUCUUUGUUCGUGUGAGGCAUUUAAUGUACCUCUAACCCUCAAUACAACCAACUCUGCAUUGUUUUAAUUUAAAGUCUGAAGGGAAUAUGUUGACAUCAAUAAAAAUUCUUACUGUAUUUUUUUUUGUGCUGAGCGGGUUGUGUGCAGAAGGUUUAGAGGAUAGCGGAACAAUAGCCUUAAACAUAGUAAAAUACUUCCUUUAAAUAGUAGGAGAGUAGGGUGAUAAUUCAGAUCCUGUAGUUUAACACAACCCCAGUAAUUUACACUACCUGACAUUGAAUCUAAGCCAAACCACAAGAGUCUGCUAUAAGGAACAAGUGUCAGUCCACAACUAAUAUAUUGUCAUUUAAGCCACUUUAGAGUUUACUUACACACUUACCACUACCUGUGAUAUGGGAAAAAAAUGUUUUGUAACUCAUCACUCAAUGACAGGCUGAAAUAAACAAAUUUCUGAUGGCAGAGCUUCUGUUUCCCUUUCUAUCUGAUUCAGAUGCCUCAAACACAAAGGGCCACACUGUACUGGUUGUCACAUGCAGUUUUGCUGUGUGUACAGCCAGGCAAAUGCAAAUCCAAGCGAGGGAGAUGUCACUCAAAACGUGAUCUGCCAUGCCCACACAGUCUUGAGAGAUGGUCUAAUAAGCUAGUAAAACCAUGUUAUCUUGUAGAUUUGAAGAUCCAUUUUGGCUAGGAUUUAUGUGGCUGCCUGAGAAAAUUAACGUGCAUUUUUACUCUUCAAGCAACAUUUCCAGAAGCUUUAAUACAAAAUAUCUACUAAUAGACCUGUUAAAGUUAUACCUUUGGCUAUUUACAACAUGUCCAAAUUGACUAUAAAACAAGGUUAUGAAUGUAGUUACAAGAAACAUCACAGAGCCAGCCUUUCAAUUCAUAACCUCAUUAUCUGAGCAGUGAUCUUAGAAAGCAGAAGUGCUAUGUCAAUAAGAUGGUGCCCAGAUCGGCCGCCUGAACGUUGGAGACAGAGCUAUGCAUUGAGAGCAGAGGCAGAAAAACACUCAUGGAACAACCACGGCAAGCGCUCCAGAACAACAUGUGCCAAUAAACUACGCGCGAUUAGAACAAGAGGAGGUACUCAUCAAAGUUUUGCUGCCACUGUGACAACAGCAUGUAGGGCUGCACGACAUUGAAAAAAAAACAACAUUGCAAUUAUUUUCAACCCUGCGCUAUAUUUUGCGAUAUUAAAAAAUACAGGAAGUUUCACAAGAUGACUGACAUUGCUUUUCUUUUUGGCAACAAGUCUUCAUCUUCGGUGGUUUUCUCUUGUUCGUUGCUCAUUUUGCAAUUGUUGUUGUUGUUACCGGUGUUGUGCCAAGAAACACAUGUCCGCCAAGAAGUGCAAGCAACUCGCGGAAAUGCGCACCGCUUGUAGUGGAGUGGUCCACGGAAAUGUACAAUUUAAAACCCAUACAAUUCUUAUUUGUGGCGCUAAACAGUGAUGAGUAAAGUUCUGAAAGUAAUUGUUGGCGGGCAUGCGUUUCUCGGGGGGGUGGUUUCCUUCUCUCUGAUGUUGAUUGACGGCUGGUAGGUUAGUCUGAUUGGCAACUGAGUGAAAAACAAAUGUGAUUGGUGGAUCGCUGCACAGCACAUGUAGAGUCACAUACCGCGAAUCUCAGUCAGCUACCCUUGAAAUUAGAAGAGUCCAUUCACCUUCUACAUUGCAAGCUCUGCAGUGUGACUAUGGCGCACACGUACAUUGCGAUGACGAAUCUCAAACGAUGCCUAAGAUGCCACAUAAUUCGACUGCUCCUCCUACUUUCGUGUAUUUCCUGUGGAACUUGGCUUUGCAGCAACGAAGCACAACUACAGGAGCGUAGGAGGGAGUGAGAGUGCUUUUGCAUGCAUGCCUGUGCAAAUCACUCCUGUAGUUACGUCACAACAGGAGCUUAUUAAAAUCACUUUGUGAAAGCUUUGUUUUCACAGUGACAAAGCAGGGCCUUUUUUACUUUCACAAUUUUAAGGUUGUUGGGCUGAAGUUUGCAAACUGUAGGCAAGAAAAAUGUGUUUUUUAUCUUAUGAAACUGUUAAAGGCAGUCAAUGUUUCAUGUAGUCCCUACUGCUGUUACACUAAGAUCCAUUUUUGUAUAGAACAAUGUAAAAAAAAAAUCAUUUUAGUGUCAUAGACCAGCACUAAACAUAUUUAAAUGCAUGCAACCACAAAACAUGUAACACUAAACUGCUAUCUAUAUCUGGAUGCAUUAACUAGAUAAAAGAAGAAAGCCUGUGUCCACCAGCUGUAAAUGUGCCCAGAGAGUACCGGGAUCAGACAGACCACAUCUUAUGUAGGUUACAUACUGUGGCCCAGAUCAUCUGUUCAUAGCAGGUGGAACCAUGUUUCUAAUCAUAUGUCCUGUAGUCAGAGCUAUGCCGAGGCCAUCAAUGAACUUUUGAACCAUGACAUGCAAUUACAGGACCUAUAGCAAAGAUUUAAUGAGCCUGUUGGUGGCUCCAACAGCUGUUCAGUGCCGGGCCUGAAAAUAAACUCUGCCUUCCUCAUCAAUCACUACACAUUGAGCUUUAGUGCUGUUGAAAAAGUGCUUUCCAGCCUUAAAGACUCACCACAUCAUUGCCUCUAAACCUCACUUCAGAUGGAGGCUGUUGGUGAUGCACGAAAAAAAUGUCAGUGCAGCGCUACGGGUUGAUUUCAACAGUCCACUGUAACCUACUGCUAGUUAACAGUUAAGGCCUGCUUACAAAAGCAGAACAGAAAACUCACAGCUUUUAUCUUCUGCCAGCUCCGUCAGCAGGGGACAUGGCAGAGUGCAUGAGAUAAAGGCAGAAGUAGAGAUGGAGGAUGAAAGGAGAUGGGGAGAAGAAAUGUACGAUAGAGGGGUUAAAACAAGAACAAAGCAAGGUUGGAAGAGGAAAAAGGACAGGCCUAGUGCUUCGAAGAGAAACAGUGCAAUGUGCUCGUAGGAGGAUGGAAAGAGAUGCUAUGCGAGGGUGAGAAGGGGUGUGUGAGGGGGGGGGGGGUUUAGUUGGUGUUUUUCCUCCCUGAGUGUCUGCCAUCAGAGGGGUGGACAGAGCAGAACGAGAGUUGUCGGGGCGCUUUGUGCCAGGGCUGCAGAUGGCAUGGCAUUGCUGUCAUGUGUUCGACUGGCACUCCCUCUACUGUAACACUCACACUGUACUCCUCUCACAGAUGAGAGAGAGAGAGAGAGAGAGGCAGAGAGAUUUGGAGAGAUGGGGGAAGGGGUGAGUCGGUGGAAAGAUGUAGUGGGCGAAAUGGGGGGAUGGGGUUAAACCAAAGGAGUGGGUUAAACUGGUCAGAACUCUUAAAUAUGAGGGGAUUAUAAAACAGAGGGGGGAGGGGCGACUGUAAGUGACACAUGGUGAAGAAGAAGAGGAAACUUUUGCUUCCCUGACCUCUAAGCGGCGAAUUGACAGUCGUUGAAGUUUUUUUUCCAUUUAUUUAUAGUGAGGAAGGCCGCUAUGAAAUUCAGUCCAGACCAAAAUGAUGUAUAUCAGAGCCCUGACAGGCCCUGAUGACUCCUGUCACAGGAGUAAAUGAGAUUUAGUCAUCUGUCAGUAAGGAAAGGACAGAGACUGGAUAGGCGAGGACUUGAGGGGGCAGAGAGGGGGACAGAAAAACCGGACACAAUCGCAAAAAGCAAAUAUUUUUAUUCUGUAUUUUUGUCUCAUCUAUUUUUACUCAGGAGCCUUGUCGGUGUUCACAAAGUUGGUUCAGUUUCAGUUUUUCAUCGAAUUUAGCCAGUACAACAGAACGUCAUGAUCCCAGAAGAACACAAAUCAACAGAGCAACAGAGUGAAGAACAAACAAAACAAAGAGUCAAAACAGACGUAGAUGCUUACGCCAGAAAGCUCACAAUGACAAUAGUUUGACGCUGAUGCAGAAAAGGUUUGUGAUCUUAAUUUAGCAUGCUAACAUUUGCUGCUCAUCAGGAUUUAGAGCAGAUAAAUAAAGGGGAAUGCACUCAUUGUGGAUGGUUAGAUAUAAUAUCAACUUAAAGUAGAAUAGACUAAAGAUUAGAUACAUUAAACAGAAUAGGGAUGACAUCUGCAUUAAAGCACUGUGGUGAUUUUUUUAUGUUUUUAUUUCAAUCCAAUUAUAAUGUGUGCUGUAUAUUAAGAAUGCUUGUGAUGUUGUAGUUGUGGUUAUUUGAUGUGGACUGAUAGUAUGAAGAAAAGGACAAAAGAAAAGUGUCCAUCAGAUCUUUUUUUAGCUCGUAGCUGAAAGUCAUGGCAUCAGCUGAGAGGAAAGUGAAACAGAUGCCCUUUUCUGACACCCUCAGAAAGAGAGAGAGAGAAUAAGAGAGGGGGCAGGAAAGUGGAGAAUAGAUAGAGAAAUGCAGACUAUUCAUCCUCUGUAAGCCAUCAGUAAUAAGAAUUUGCUGAAGCUGUUUGUGCAUAUUUAAAACCCUUGGCUCUGUGGACGCUGCAGAGCAAACCAAUUGGCUGUUUAUAUUUAUCCUUAGGGCUCCAUGCUGAUAAAGAGCCAUGUUGGUCACUAUCUAAGCUCUCCCCACGCAGCCUGCUUUGGCCUGACAUUGAAUGCUUCAUUACAUACUCUGCCGAGGUUUGACAUUGAAAACCCGUCAGCGACUCUGAAAUGGAAAAGGUUGCAUUGAGCCUGUUUUUGCUGAUCCCGCACCGAGGGGGAUCCUUGGUGGAGCUGUUUUACCAUCACUUUCACAGCACAGCUGUUUAACAUUAAGUUUAUGUGAGAGAUUAAUGGGAAAUUCACAGCCACAAGAAAAAUACCUCAUGGAUCAAAUGACUAUUUGUAUAUAAAAUGGGUUAUCUAUGAGGAUGACAUUAGUUAUUUUCUCAGUUUCUUGUGCACUUUGUUUUACUUGUUUUGUACAGAUUUAUCAACUCUCUCAACUAAGCAAACCAUCAAAACUUGUUCGCCAUAUUUUCGAAUCAAGUUGACAAAUAUACGCUUAAUGGUUUUGUGUUUUGUUCCUCUGCUUUACUGUUUUGUUUCAGGGAACCAUUUUGAGCCCAAAUUUUAAUGAACCAGAAAGAAAACAACAAAAACACACACAAUCUUUCUAGGCUCGGCUUCAAAUGUACAUUAAUACUGAGUGGCUGGUAAAAAAUGUGAGUAAUGGCAGCUAAACGGCAAGAAAAGGUAGAGGCUGUCAGACUUCCGAUCAUGUAAUUGGACACAAACACAAUUCAAGGUGAAAUUGAAUGUUUUCCCUUGAGCUACUUUUCCCUGAAAUAUAAACACUUAUGAAGUGACUGGUUUACUGACAGCUUGUGAUCAGAGCCUAAACUUGUCAAAAAUAAUCAAAUAGAACACUAGAUGGUCGUCAUAUUGUGUAUCUGUGCAGCUAUGACUAGUUUUCUCAUACAGUAGGCAGCCAAAGUGGCUGUAUCAUUUCUGUGAAUUAAGAAAGCUCAUGCUUCUGCCAUUAAUUUUCUCGAAGUACUUAUGGGAAGGGUUUACUACCUUGCAAAUAACAGCUGACUCCAUCAGAGUCUGAGCCAAACCAUUUGGCACUUUUCUCUCUUGACCUCUCCAGAGACCCUCUCAUCUUUCUUCUAACCAGUUUAAUGUACAGAGCAUGUUUCUCCCUGCUAUGAUAUGCAUUCCCUAUCCAAACAAACUUGAAUGUAAUGCAGCAGUCGAUCAAUAUUAGCUUUGAAGUCCUUUAUUUUUUUCUUGAAAAAUACUUUUUAAUGCUCAGUGUGGUCAGAGCCAAUUCAGAAAUUAGACCACAGAAGUCAAACAUCUGCAGAGCUGACAGCCAGAGUCUGCUUAGUGUCCAAAAAUGACAUUGCCAAUCAGGUUAUAGCCCAGCUAAGGAUUACAACCAAAUUAUGUCUAUGUCAGGGAGUUCAACUGUAGAUAUAACCUCAAUAAAAGUCUCUUUUAUGCCUUAUUAAACUGCUCUUAUCUACUGUUUGAACGCCUGUCUUUACUCAUGGGAGGAAAAGCUAAAGUCCUGGCCCCCAGACACAAAAGGACAUGAUAUAAGAAAUCAAGUUGUAAUGAGAUAAAUUAAAACAUGAGGUCACGAACAGCUUUUUACUCUUUACAGUGGCAACAAGAAACCCCACAAUGACCCCUCACCCCGAGCACCACGAGCUUAUAGUUCAGCUUAAGUUUUGGAAGCAGUGGUGUGCAACGGAGAGCAUUAAAUGAUUUCAUCUUUGGUCAAGUCAUGGAGACGAUAGCUUCCUCACUUUUAUAAAUUUUUAAGUAGAUGGGCAUUAAUCCUGAGUCAGCGACUAUUUUGGGAGAGCAGAACAAUGAGGAGCAAGGUAGAGGAUGAAACAUGGGACAUGCAGCAAGUUGACAAGUGAAGUACGAGGCUAAUGUCCUAUCCUGUCUGUACGAAUGAAGCUUCAAUUCUCCGCUCUCUCUGUGCCACCAUGUACUCCUGCUGGACCAGAUUUUACAGCAAACAGUAAGAGGAGUGGACAGUUUGAUGUUGUUAUGACAAAAAAAAAUCUCCCUGCUCCAUGCUCUCUGUGACUUCUAACACUAUAAUCUGGGUACUUAUUUCCUAGGAUCAGUGCUGCACUGUGGGUAAUCCAUGCAAAUAUGUUUAAUGUACCAGCAGAAUUAUGAAGAGGUCAACAUGCAAACAUGAAAGUACUGAGAAGGGGUGAAAAGAAAAUUCCUUACAUAAAUAUUGUAAGAUUAAAUGAUUUGAUACAAAUAUGUCUUGACAUUUUUAGGAAUAUGUUUCAACAGUUCGUGCCUCUUUAAAGAGACUCUGAAAUAGACUUCCCCUUGGAGCUUUUUGUAGGUGUGAUGGAAAAUUUUGGGAAAGCUUUCUUUUACGGUACACUUAUUACCAGGUAAUUGACAGGUAAUUACCUAGUAACAACAUGAAAUUAUCUGGUAAUUACAUGAUAAUUACUAAGUCAAUACUGUCUAGUUUUUCUUUUUUUCUUUUUUCUGCGCAGCUCCAUUUUCAAAAGCUAUUUGGGGUUCUUAUUUUCUAUGAUUGACACUUCAUACAGCCUAUGGGCGUGUGAAGAUUGCGUAACGAUACGCUGUUUGAGCCGAGCAUUAUCACAGCGACUCACCCGCCGAAUGCUACUGUGCAAGUGGUGGUUCCAGGAAGCGGAGAAAAUCCGGGAAAUACCAGAGUAAUUCAGCUUCAAAUUUGUAUGAUGAUGGAAGGUUACCUACCUGGUAGCUAGACAGUAUUGACUUAGUAGUUAUCAUGUAAUUACCAGAUAAUUUCAUGUUGUUACUAGGUAAUUACCUGUUAAUUACCUGGUAAUAAGUGUACCGUAAAAGAAAGCGUUACCAUAUUUUGUUUAGAUAUUCAAGAGUAAAGGGAGUUUCAACCUUUAGAAUUACAACCAGGGGCUAACAUGAACAUUUUAAAUGGGGUUAUAUCCUUCAGAUGCAAAGAUGCUUUAAACUACGUCUCCUAUGCUCUCUAAAGUCAUCCAGAGAACUCGUAUUCAUUGAUAGCAGUCGAUGACUCAUUUGUAAAGCUGGUCUUGGCACUUAACAUUUCCAUCUAGGGGCCUGUGGAGGCCUCUGAGACGCUCACAGUCAAACAAAAGCGGGUAAUUAUGCGCGCAUUUUUAUUUGAUACCAUAUGGAGCUGCAUUAGUCUUCUGCUACAAUGACACACAAUCAAAGAGAUUAUCUGCGCCACGUGUUUCAGGUCACAAGAUGAGCUUUUAUCAUAUCUGUGUCAUUACAUACAUACAUACACAUUACCUCCUUGGAGGAGAAGAGCCUAUUUCCUAUUCAUUGUGCCACAUUUUCACCGAUAAAUGAGACAUUGAAACGCUCAUCUUAUCUGAUAUGAGGUGACGGCUUCUUUAAAUCAACUUUUGGUUUAAAAAAAGCGAUUAUAAAACAGCUGGUGGCAAGUAAAUGCUGUGUCAUAUCAGCGCAGACAUACCAGGAGCUGAAGCCCUGUCCCUCUUAAUAACGGAGAAAAUGCUUUGGGUGGAGCUAUUCUUAGUGGGGCUGAGGAGAGCAGCCACACUGUCCGAGAGCUGUGACGUCAGUAUGUGGGAUCAGACUCUGCACAGAGAGUGUUUGUCAGAGGCAAUUUUAUGUUGAUGACUAUGCAUGCACGCUUUAUUUGUCUCUGCGAACAAACCAGCUGAGUCGUCUUCAACACUAUAAAUCUGUUAGUGAACAGCAGACAGUGAAAGGUGAGAGGGGUAAUGUCGGGUGGAGGACUGGUGAAGGACACGGGUCAAAGAUGGAGGCAUGUGUAAGGGAUUUUGUGUCUGAGUGAGAGAACCAGUGAGAGUGAUGGGUCUCCCCAUCUGCCAUUAUCUUCCUUGCAGAACUAAUUACAAGGUGAUGGACAGCAGACUAAUCACCAAGGCCACGAGUGGCUUUAAAUUAGCUGGAUGGUGGUGUCGCGCCUGGUGUGAUGAAGAGGGACAGGAGACAAGAGAGGAGGGGGGAUGUGGGUCCAGAGGAGAAGACAAGGUGAUACACAGACAGAGAGGAGGAGUUAAAAAUAUGUACCUUCAUACAUCUAUUGUCUGAUUAUUAUCUCUGUGCUGUGUCUGAAUUUUGUUUUGUCUAUCUCCAUCUCUGUCCUCUCUUGCCCUUUUCAUCUCUCUUGUCUUGUUUUAGCUUCUUGUCUUUUUUUCUUCCCUCUGUGUCGCUCAAAUCUCUCCUUCUUUUAUUCCUCCGGGCUCCGGCGCUCUGUCAGCCAAAUGAAAGUGAGUCUCUGUGCAGCCUCUUGUUUUUUCCGACAUGAUGCUUGAGGCAAACCAGUGGGGUUCCUUAGCAUGUGUUAACCACUCCUACUCACCCCACCUCUUGUUAGACAUACAAGCAACAGAUAUGCACACAGUCACACACCUGAAUAAGGGUGACUUUUUCUGGGUUAAGAGUAUAUUUUUAAACGCAUUUCUACUUUGUUUGUCUUCUUCCUCUUCUUCUAAGGUUCCUUAGAAAAAGAGAUAUUGACGCUCAUGACACUGACACAUAGUCUGUGCUAAUUCUUCUGUCCCUGUCAGGUCGCUCAUUAAGACAAAUCUGUCUUGCCUGCACCACUAAUUUCCUUUGUGCAGUCACAUCCGAUUAUUUCUCCCUUUUAGUCUUAACAUGUACCAAUCAAAAGCGUUGAGAACUCCUCAUUUUAAUCAAAUCAAAAAUCAGUAAGAUGUACCCAAUUUUCCUCUGAUAUCAGAUGAGCAACUGCCUCCAGAACAAAGACAAAUUUCAGCAGAGAUGAGGCCGGAGGGGUUUCAGGAUCUUGCUCAUGGAGGCUGAAGUAAAACAGAGAUGAUCGACUGUGUCCUUAAUCACAGUUGCUUGUUUUUUUUUAUUAGCCUUGUGCUUCUGUUUGCUUAAUUGCUGUAUUAAUUUGCAUAGAAUUAGGAAAAAGAUCAUUACAGUUUCUAAGAGCUUGAGGUGGAUUUUUAUCACCGCAACCAUCACCUAAAACCCAAAGAUGUUCAGUUUACAGCAAGUUGGUAAUCAGAUCUAAAUAAUUGGCAUAUUUUUGUGUUACUUUAACAGACAUUGGAAAUUGUCAGAUUGCAUUCAGAGGUUAUACUGUCAUCCUCUCCAUGGCAAAUUUUGUUGAAGUUCAUUCAACAAAAAAAAAAUUUGUGAUACUUAAAUACUUUUUGAUACCAUAUUACCAUUAGAAAAUAUAAUACCAAAGAGUAUUUAAGCCUAUGAAAAGCCACAUCUAUAAUCAUGUUUUCAACCCAAACCUUCUGCAAAAGACAGAGAGAGAAAGAGAAAGAGAGGUUAAGUUACAUUAAGAUGAAGUAAAAAAGUGCAGACACCAAUCAUAAAAACGCAGCAGCAAAGCAGAAAAGACUUGAUUUAUCAGCUUGUCAAAUUUUGGUCUCUGUUCAGUGACUUCUUUGAACCGGUGCUUUUAACAGUGUGGUGAUAAAAACCAAAUGUGACCAGUUGUGUGUUCCCAGGGAUUUAAUUUUUUAAGCUCAAGUGUUGAAGGUUGUAUCAGUAUUAGUUUGGUUUUAUUGGUUAUAUUGGUUUUUAUAAGUAUCGUAUCAAAAUUCAUUAUUCUGGUAACUCUACCUCGGAUCAUACCAAUAAAACUAAAGUGGCUCAAAAUUAGAGUUUUUCAUUUUUAUUUGAUAGUUUAUUAUUUUAGUGUUUAUGAUAGGACAAAUUAUACAAUUCAGCUACUGCAUAAUACAAACAAGCUGUAGUAACUGACUUUUCGCACAUAGCAAAAAGUUUGCAUAUACAUUUUAAAUUCCCCUAAGGAAAUCUUCACACAAGGAUCAACAAAGUUCUAUAUAAUCCAAUAUAAUCUAAUCAGAAGAGGAUACGGCUAUUGCUAGUUUUCAACUUUUGUUCCUAGUUAGGCUUUUGGAUUAAUAAAAAAAUGAAAGGUCAAUAUUUAAUUGAAUAAAAUGCAUUAAAUAACAAACAUUUUAAAAAAUACAAAAGAGGACUUGAGGAAACAUAUUUACAUCAAAGUCAUAUAAGAUUUGAAUAAAGAGUUCAACAUCAUACAAUAGUUAAAGAUACUCAUAUAUCUGAUUUUGCCUAAGCCACCCGUAAACACUUUUGUUGAACUUUUUUUCUUUUUUACCACAUGAUGAUUUAAUUUCAGUUCGCAGUCUGUUUCACGUUUCAGAGCUGAUGGCCCAAAGGAGGUCUUUGGAUGUACGAUUUUAACAUUGCCCAAAGCCAUGUCUCUGAUUAUCCUGACACUUUUUUGUGCCAUGAAGAAAUUUGCAUAAAACUUCAGGUGCUAAAUAUUGCAAGCACUUUAAAACAUUUUCAGGAAUGAAAAAUUAUAAAAAUGUAUAAAAACUGAGAAAUGAUACCAUGUAAGUAUGUGACAGUGGUGCCAUGUCCUUUUUUCCAUUAUUUUAAUGCUUCAGGCAUCAGUUCCUUUUUGCGUCUCCACUUCACACCAUGCACAUCCACCAGUUAAGAUAAGAUAAGAUAAGAUAAGAUAAGAUAAGGACAACUUUAUUUAUCCCUGAGGGGACAUUCAGAUGGUUAAUAUUUAAAAAUUCUUCAAAACCCAUUAUGUAGUAAGAGAAUUUGGUCAAAGGAAACAAAUAUUGUUCGGUUUUGGCAAGAAAAACAUUUUUUAAAGGAGGUAAACUAUGGCUACAGGCAAACACUGAUCUCUGGCUUUAACAUGCUACAUGCUAAACAGUCAUUCAUACACCUGCCGUCCUACAAAGAAGCUACUCAGAUUCCAAUCCCUCUGACCGUAGCUCUCAGCAAUCAGGACAUCUUGGCUCCGUUGUAAUUGUUCGGCUUCUUUUUUUAUCGUGCCUCAUCUGUCUGUCUGUCUGCCCGUCUGUCUGUCCAAGUCCCUGCUCCGCCUGCUUCGAUGAUCCCAUCAUUAUCACACCCUUAAUGCAUCUCACCACACACUACAUUUCCUCUAGCACGCCACCCAUCCGCCUAAUGGGCCAAAAGGGGUGCGGCCGGCCAGUCAUCACUUGUGCACACUGCUUUUGUGUUUACGUAAGUGUGUAUUUGCACAGUCAUGAAUCUUUUGAAAGCAUUGUUUGCCUCAAAAAGUUCAGUCAAAGUCGUCUGUUUGUGAUUAUGUGUGCGUCUGUGUUGUGUUUUGUUGAGUUUUAUCCAUCCUGUGCCCACACCCAACUGUUUGUUUUCCUUCAGCUACGUUACUGUGGAUAUUCUGGUUCCUAUCGCCUGUGGAAACUGUGUAUCUGCUGCACGCAUUGUCAGUAUAUGUGUAUGAGUGUGUGCGUGCAGUACCAGGCCUUUGUGUGUUUGUGUGUGAGUGCCGGCAAACUCUCUAACUGCGUCAGCCAUUAAGCCAUUAUGGACUGUAACUGAAUCCUCUGAAAGCUCUGCUCAGGUCCACUGCUGCAGGGCCAAGAUGGAUGGGUGUGUGGCGGGAUGAGAGCAGUCGCGUUGUGGCUGUACGGUUGUAAAAACAAACAGAGGAGUGGAGUCUGUGGAAAGAGGUGUGCAGGAGAGGUAGAGGCCAUCUGAGGUGAUUCCCACUUUACCCGAGACCAUAGACGGGAAGCUGCUGUGACCUUGGUGCUCCAAUCUGGGCUGAGUCAUGAUUAGAGGAUGAAAAGACCGUCAAGGUCGUUUUACUGUUGCGUGAAGAGAUCAGUCUGAUGAUCAUGGCUUCAUCACUACUUAUCUUGCUAUUUUUGCACAAGAAAGAAAGGUUGAGGAGGAAAAAACCAAAAACUACCGCAGUAGUGCACCACUUCAAGCAAAAUGAAUACAGCUUAUCAGUAUCUUUAUAUCAGUGUUGUGAGUCAUGCAUUUCCAAGUAAUCCUGACUGUCACUCCAUAACUAUCUGUGGUAAAAUCAUUACUGCUCAAAUUUAGUUAUGUUGUUACAAUUACAGGAAUCUCAAGAGUCGUACUUGUUCCUUUACGUCAAAGAGCUGACAUCCAUCAUCCACUCUGCAGGUGAGGUUAGGCCUACGUCAGCGAGGUUGCAUCUCGAGAGAGAUAUUUCACCUGCAGUAACUACACACAACUGCUGAUGAUCAUUCAUGAGGGAGCUUUCUGUCUUACACACACUGCAUUUUUUUCUUAGUGUCUUAGUCUCUGUCUUAGUCUCUGUACAAGAUGAAAAUAAUAAUAUUAAUUUUAUUGCACUUUUAAAAACAGAAGUUUACAAAGUGCUUUGAAGAACAGUCAUAAAUCACAGAACAUCAGCACAUGGAAGUAAAAACAAAUGAAAAACAAAAGCUUGGUUAUAAACAAGGCCUCCGACUUGAAGGCCAGUUUCAUUUGUCUCAUUUGUCAUGAGAAACCCAGACAAAACAAGAACCCUGAAACAUAAAAUGAGACCAUGAGGACCAAAAUAAAACAUAAAAUAGGUCAGAAAAAGACAUUUAAUAAAAAAAGAGGGGUAGAAAGCAGGAAACAGGAUAGUAAAUAUAAAAAGACGAUAUUAAUAUUGAUAAUAAAAUAAUAAUGAUGGUAAUAGAAAUGAUAAAAUGGAAUAACAAAUAUGAGCAGGAAAAAACAAUAAAAUCAAUAAAAGGCCUAAAAGGUUAAAUAGGUAAAGGUUAUAUGUAAAACAAAGGCUAAAAAGACAGAAAGUCAAAAUUAGAUAGAGGUAAAAGAGAUAAAAGAUAAAACAAAAAAAGAGUAAAGAUGGCACAUAAAAGCAAGUCUGUAAAGUGAGUUUUUAGAUUUGACUAAAAAGAAGCGACUGUCUCUGCGUGCCUUAUCUCCUCUGGCAUGUCACUCCAAAGUCGAGGAGCUCUGAUGGAGAAAGCUCUAUCACCUUUUGUUUUCAGCCUCAGCUUUGGAACAACCAAAAACCUUGUUCAAAAUUAAAAGUUUUAUUUUCACAAAACACUCAACCAAACUAAACACUUCUAACUCUAAGUUGGGGCUUGAUUUUGAAUAACCACCAGCUCCACAAUCUGUAAGCCAGGAAGGGCGAAACAGACUAAAUGUUGUUCAAGAAUCUUUUCAAGGAUGCACAAUAUUAUUGUGUAAUGUCAGUAUCAGCAGAAUUGCUUAAAAAGCUGUUAAGAGUGAUGAUGCACCUGUGAUAACGACUCACAUAACCUGUGCGAAAUAGUCAGCUGAUGGAUGUAUUUUGAGGUGUUGGAAAAAGUCAGCAGACACGUGAAAGCCUAAUUUUGGGGGGGGAAUCAAUAUACCAACACUGAUAUCAGUAUCUGUAUCGGUAUUGAAUAUUGACUUAUUAAGUAAGGCAAAAAUCCAAUAUCUUGCAUUUACUGUGUAAGUAAAAUAGGAGCAGGAGGAUGGGAGUGUCAUGAGGGAUAACGGCUAAAAGGCCAGGUGUCUCCUGAGACUUCCAAGCAUAAUUAUAAUAUGAUGUACUUAAUUUAAUGCCACAGAUAUUAAUGAAAAGUACUUUUAAAAAGGGCAACGUAAAGGUGGAGAUGGCUCGAUGAAAAGAAGUCCAAAUGUUAGUGUUCUCAUAGUAAAAUGUCUUCCCCAGAGAACCAUCCCCCCUAUUUUAAUUGCCAGUGAUGAAGCAAAGUUCACGUGCACAGCUGUAAGGCUUCAGGCUGUCACAAACACACACAAACACACACAUUAUGCUGCCUUCACCCUACAAGACACACAUGCAGCUCCAGCCACUAAAUACCAAAACACAUUGAUUGCUAUUGAAUCGCUGCGUCCCCUGAUGGCCACCAUGAAUUAUUUAGUGUUUUGCACUUGGCUUGUUGAUGGGCAAGGCCAGACCAUCUACAGUUUGUCUCUGAGGUUCAGGGUGAAACGACAUCUAAAGCACCACUAACUGCUUCGCACACACACACACACACACACACACACACACACACACACACACACACACUCCUCUCCUCACCCUUCAUCCUCCCACAGACCUCACCCCUUCUCCCCCCAUAUAUAGACCUUGUCAUCCCUCUCCCUCUAUUGCAGCUAGGCCCCUCACCCCCCAUCUUUCUCUCUCUCUCUCUCUCCCUCUCUCUCUCUCUCCUGACUCACCCUGCCUCUCGGCUAAUAGCGCCUGACUCAUGUUAUUCACAGAGCUGUCUGUGUAACAAGGGCAGUCUCAGUGGAGAGAGGGAGGAAGGAGGGAGGAUUGAAAAAGGAGUCAGAACAGGGAAGAAAGGGCAGAAGAAGUACAAGAAGUGAUUAAAGGAAAACCAUUUUUGAUAAAUCUUCGGAUAGAUUAAGACUCUGUGAGGAGGAAAAAAUGUUAAUAAAAGAAAAAAAUAGAGAAGUUUAAGAAAAAAGGAGUGCUUGUGAUCACCAGAGAAACUGUGUUUGAGUGAUCAGAUAUCUGAUCCAUCAGGCUUUGAAAAUCGUGGGUCGACUAAAAGCUACGCGUGGAUUUGUGUGUCUUUACUAACGAAAUUAUUCCAACCUUUGCAAAGUGCCUCUGCAGGACACAUCGAUAUUACUGAUCAUUACAAUGAAAUACAAUUUGAUGUCACUUGAUGCUGUUUUAAGCCUCAGAUUUAGAGAGAGAGAGAGAGAUUGUUUAUUUGAUCAAAUAUACACACAGUACAAUUCUAGACAAGAAAUUCACCUAUUUUUGGAGAUCGAAAAGGAGUAGGUAGAAGCUUUUUAGCUUAUUUUUACCUACCUUUACAUGUCUCUAGAAUUUUAGGAUUUCUUAAGUCGCCAAAAGUUACCAAAGCUCCAAAGUCUAACAUGAAUAAGUAACAAAUCAUUAAUACUGAGACAAAGACCUUGUAUAUACAUAUAUACAGUCAUACCUAUAUACACAUAUACACACACAAAUAUGCACUUUAUAUAUAUAUAUACCUAUGAAACUUCAAAUCUCUCAUUUGUACCAUACCCAUAUACAAUAUAAUAAGUGUGACAAAACGAAAGUCACUUUGAUGAAUCACAUAUAAGUAUUUUUCGACUCUGCUUUAAUUUACAUUUAAACUGUGCUAUUGUUUUGCUUUGUUUUAUUUCAUCGAGCAAUCUGUUCCAUAGCUUUUAGUUUAGAUCUCUGACUUCAGUUUGUCACUCGAUCCCUGCAUCCUUUUCCUUUUCUUCUUGUCUUUUCAGUUUCCUUUUCUUACUCCCAUCUGCUAAGUCAGAGAAAUGAGACUUAAGCAUCCUGGCACUGUGCAGUCCAUCACACUCAGGCUGAAUAUUCUCCCAGUGUUCUGUUUUGCAUGUAGAGACAUUACUCUCCUGCCCCAGGGCCCAAACUGCUCGCACGAUUUUUUUGUGUGUCUUCAGCACACUGUGAGACAUUAGUAUUGGCUAUUUAUAGUCAGCUCACUGCCAUCCUAAGGAAGCACAGCGGAGGCUAAAUUUCACUGUGGCUCUAUUAAAAGGCACAGAGUGAGAUGUCAGCAAAAUAUUCCCGUCUUUGUUUUACCCUCAUGGGACAUGUUCAGGGUGUUUGAGCAGACAUAAUCAUUAAAACUAUUAUUACAAUACAUUUUUAAGCAGUUUAAAACUUCUAAGCCGCUCCCUCUCCUCCUCCUUCUCCUUCCCACAGCGUGCCUGCUGCAGUCAGAGCUGGUGAAUUACGAGCGGGUGAAGGAGUACUGUCUGAAGGUGCUGAGCCAUCAGAGAGACCACUUCAAGGCCAUGUACCGAGCCGGCAUCGCCUUCUAUCACCUGGGUGACUACGAAUGUGCCCUGCGCUACUUGCGUGAUGCCAAGAACCGGGAACCCACAGGUGAGAAUUCCUGUCAAAAACAGGUCUGCUUUUUUGACCAGUACCAGUCUUUCAGUGAUUUGUAGACUUCUCUGUGGAUCAAGUCAAAAACUAUGUACAGUGGGUAGGCGGUUAUGGGAAUCAGGGUGAGCAGGACCCCAUUUUGAUGUGGAGGAGUCUUGUCUCACCUGCUUCCAUGGCAACAGACGGUCAUCAGCCAAAUUGUGGGACGACUUAACAUUUAACUGAACAUUUCAAUUUGCAGUGAGGUUAAAAUAUUAGCCUGCUUAUUGGUUAAAAGUCACAUCAAACUGAAAAUUUUCAAUCAGUUAGACAAGGGGAACAGACUUCUGGGAAUAUUUCUGUUUUUAUUUUUUCCUUGAAUAGCUUUCCUAUAGUGAGACAAAUGGCACACUAAUGUAAGUAUCACUACUGCUAAUGGUUAAAGGUUCUUUGUGGUAAUCUGCAACACUGAGAUGCAGAAUUGUAUUCCUCGGAGCAUAGUAGACUUUCAGAAACUGCUAACAUAUUCCCUUUGUAGGCAAAAAUGUAAUUGAACAGAUAUAAAAAGUAUAAGAAAACCCUUCAUUCUGGUCUUGUCAUAACCCUGCAUUUGAAACACCUCUGAAAUCACUCACAGCCCUGUUUUGGUUCCCUUAAAAGCAGCCUUGUUGAGUUUCUUUCAAAAGUUAUGUUUAAUUUAUUUACAUUUGAAACAUUUUGAAAGCAUCCCUUGAACUUAAUUGUAAAUCUUUUAAAUGCCUCCUCAUCCUCAUAGAAAUAGAAUUUUUCAAUAACUAGAAUUCAGCAUUCCUUACAUUCAUAGUUUCUCUGUCCUUGUCUUUGUUGCGUCCCUCUUAACACUGAAAUAGCAUGUUGCCUCUGACGGUGGCUGAGUACCUGUUGGCAACACAGUGGGAAAGUAACAUUUAUGUAAUCUCUCUAAUGAGCCACGUGCACUUGAGUCAGCAGGCUUGGCCAUUUAGAAAAACUAAAUAAUGCGAGUUUUUUUAUUUUUAGAUCGUGACUUUUUACACAAAGAUAACCCUUUUUCUCAUUUGUGCUCUUUGGGCUCCGUGGGAUUUGUAGUUGAUGCUCUUAAAAGCAGUUAAACUUGGAAUAAGCUAGUUGUGUACAAAUCAAUUAAUCAGUCUUUAUAAUAUAGCACUUUUCAUACACACAAACUGCUUUACACAGAAAAAGGAAAAAAAAGAAACAAAGAAGACCCAAAUCUACCCCAACCUAACCCCUCAUUCCCACCCCACAAUCUAAAUGCAACAGCAACAGUAUUAAAAUGCAUAAACUUAAAAAAGGCUGGAGGUUUUGGUUAAAAUCUAAAAGCAAAGUAGCAUAAAAUGAAAUUUAAGAAAUAAUAGAAUAAAAUGAAAUAAAAACAACAGUAAAAGGUACUAAAAUAAGAGCGCCAAAAUAGCUCAAUAAAGGAUGAUCCUGUCAUUAAAACUAGACAGAGAUAAAUGCUAAAACACUUCAAUAAAGUUAAUGAUAUAAAAUUUAGUUAAAAGCAAGACUAAAAAGUUAUGUUGUCAGUUUGCUUUUAGAUGUUGAGUUUGUUGCCUUUCCUUUUCCUCAUGCUUGGCUGGUCCAAAUUUAGGACUUCAGGAAAAAAAACAACCUCACUUAUUUUUGGAAACUUAGACCUCUUUUUUAGCUCAGAGUCAUCGUUUUGCCUGACUUCUCAGACAUAAAAGAAGCCUGAAUUUAGCUGCAUCACCAGACGACACCGAAGUGACUGAAGUCAAGAUGCCUCACAUCCAGUUUUCUGUCUCCGUUUCAGACACCAAUGUGCUGCGGUACAUCCAGCUGACAGAGAUGAAGAUGAGCAAGAGCGGGCAGCGGGAACGAGAGAGCGGCAAAGAGACCCAGGGCUGA